AUGGGCUUGUCCAAAUUUUAUGAACUGAAUAACAAGUGGGACCGAUACUUCGAUACUUUGACAAUCCUGUUGAAGCUGUACAGCGGAUUGCAGGAUGCACAGAAAUCUGCGGACACCUUGCAAAGGCUGCUUGAAUCGUACAGACAACAUGGCACACGUAUGCAGGUGGCGAAUGGAUUGUCGCUUUUACUCCCUGGGUCCCCUUUCUUUUCACUACUUGCGACACUUCCAGCCCCUGAUCCUACACAUCCCACAUCCGCGACUGUGACUCCUCAGGCCGCAGUUCACAAUACGCUUCCCAUCCUCGAAGAGGUGAUUUCGUUGACAGAGGCGGAAGAAGAGGGAGUUUUCAAGAGAGAGAUCGAGAAGCGCAGAACUCGAUUAGGUGCCUCGAGUCCGGAGCAGCUGAGGAAGGAGGUGUUCAAAGAGAUAUCUACGGAAUCAAAAUUGCCCAUCUUCUACCAUGAAGUUCUGAAUCAUCCCAACACGUCAGAUGAUCUACGUCGCCUCACGGAAUCGAAACUUCUACGAUAUAAGCAACGGCAACUUCACUCUUUGCCGAAUACUGCUGACUUGGUUGGGAUUAAAGCAAAGCUUGUGACCGAGAUCAACAAUCUUGUUGAUGGCGUCAUAUUAUUACAAGUUCCCGAUGAGCUAGCUUGGACAAUGUUUUUUGAAAAGUGUGACUGUGAAGACAUAUCUGGUUACGGGACUGAAGUCGUUGCACAAUUCAUAACACUAUUUGCCAAAUCACCAAUGACAGCCCUUUUCAAAGGUUACCUUCGCUAUCGAGGGGUACCUUUCAUAACCGGACAUGAGGCUCUUUCUGACGAUUCAGAAGAUCCUCUUGAUGUUAUCUUUAACGCUUAUCCCGCAGUUUCGCAUACCAUUUUUGCCAAUCGCAUUGUGAGCGACGUAUAUCUGGCUGAUGGUGAUUAUGAGAAAACUGUGAAAGCAGCAAAACAAGGCUUAGCGUGUUUGGAUGGUUUUCAGGUCGACACUGGUAUGCAUCUACAAAGGACUCAUAUGGGAAUUCAAGCUGUUCUCGCAACAUCGUUGGUCCAUCUCUUUCCGCCGAAAUACUUUGAACAAGCAUCAGUUCUCAUUGAUGAAGUCCUAGCUUUCUCCCCAGAGAAUAUUCUGUGCCUAAUGGGCCGUGCUUACAUCUACCAAGCGAAAGGGGAAUGGAAUGAUGCAGAACUUCUUUUCUGCCGUAUCACUCAACUCCUUCCAGAUGAUCUCGACAUUGGUUUGCGUGCGAGGGAAGAAAGAGCAUGGUGUCAAUGUCAGAUGAAUGAUUUCGACAAUGGGCUUUCUGGCCUUCAAAGUGUUAUCAUUUCGUUAAAUCACAUCCACGGACGAGAUUCCGACGUCUCUCGAUGUCUUUGGCGGCUCGGAAGUUCUCACUGGAGGUUGGGUGGCGAUGAACGUGAGGCUGCGUACAAAUUCUUCAUCGCGGCACUCAAACACGAUCCUGCAUUUGCUCCUGCGUUUUCCUCGCUGGGAACGUACUAUUUGGAGUGUGCAUGUCCUUCAGAUCCGAUUCGUGCCUCAAAAUGUUUUCAGAAGGCAUUCGAGUUGGAUCCUCGCGAAUCUAUGGCCGCCAAACGAUUGGCAGAGGGCUUUGCGGAUGACGGAGAAUGGGAGUUGGUGGAGGUCAUCGCUAAGAGAGCAAUAGAAGGAGAAGGAGGUUUGGAUGCAGGGUUUAAAGAGGGUGCCUCGGGGGCUCUGCCAAAGAAUUCGUGGGCUUGGGCAGCCGUUGGAGUGGUAGAGCUUCACAGACAAAAUUAUCCCGCAGCUAUACAGGCAUUUCAAAUAGCACUCCGAGCGGAGCCGGACGAUCAAUCACUUUGGCUUCGCCUCGGAGAAUCCUACGGCAAAGCUGGACGACUUGCAGCAGCAGUGAAGGCUCUUGGUCGCGCAUCUGCGCUAGAUUCUGGUGACUGGGGCUGCUCCUACCUCAUUGGAGAUAUAGAGCGCCGCAUGGGUCACUUUCAAAAUGCUAUCAACAUAUUCAAGUCCAUCUUGGAUUCGCACCCGUCUGAAGUCGGAGUCCUUUUCUCCUUGAGCCAAACACAUCUUGAUCUUGGCCAAAUGGAAUCUUCAAGUGGCUUUCCACUACGGUCUGAGGAUUCCAUUACGGCAGCCAUUCAGAUAGCUCUUGCCAUGAUCAAAGGAAGUUUCGGAUUUCGCAGUGUGGCGUGGAAAGUAAUCACAGAUGCCGCUUUUCUUCUUUCGGACUCCUCAGGCUUUGUUGAUGAGGGGAGUGUGCGGUUACUCUUUCAAGAUGCCAAUAACCUUUUCUUGGAUGGGUGUAGUCAACUUGCAGGGUUUAUGAAUAAGCGAAAUUUACAGGAUGACCUGCCCCUCAGUGGUGCAGCUGCACUUGAAGUUGCGAUAUUUGCCUCAGCUUCUCGUCUAUCUAUCGGUGCCUCCGACCAACUCUCCCGCGGAAGUGCCUGGUAUGACCUUGGGAUAUCGUUGUAUUCCUGGACCAUCUGCUCUCGGCAUGCCGCUGAUGCUUUGCGAAUUCAAGCAAGGGCCAUUGAAUGUCUUACUAGUGCGCUUCAGGAAGAUCCUGAGAACGAAGUGUACUGGAAUUCAUUCGGCAGCGCCCAAUUUUUAUUGCGUCCGAUCAUAGCUCAACAUGCUUACAUCAAAGCACUGGAUAUCAAUCCAAAGCGAGCCACUACCUGGGUUAAUCUUGGCCUUCUUUAUGUCCACUACGGUGAUUUCGAGCUUGCUACCAAGUCGUUGCACCGAGGCCAAGUUCUUGACCCCGACUGUACUUUGGCCUGGCUAGGGCAGGCCCUUAUAGCAAAAGCGAACGGGGAUAAUGUUUCUACAAGAGCGCUGCUUGAGCAUGCUUGUAGUCUGUCUGCGACAUUGCCCCAAGCUGAUUAUGAAUUCGCUUUCCAUCUGUUCCAAGAGGCGAAAUUGUUGACUUUCGAUGCUCUACUGCCCGCAUACUUCCUCAUAGAACGCUACUGUGGACGCCAACCAGAUGAUGCGGCUGGACUUCACCUCUUUGCUCUCAUCUGCGAAGGGCUCGGGCACGUCACAUUUGGAGAAAAUUUGGUUUCACGUGUCAUUGCUAUCUUGGAAGUCGCAUAUGAGGAGUUGGAGGAGACUGAGGUGGAGAAUCAGUAUAUCAUUGCCAAUCUAACACUAGGACGACUGAGGCUAUCUCUCGGGGAUUAUCAGGGAGCAAUUUCGUCGUUUGAAAGUGCAAUGGGCCUUUUACAGGGAGAGAACCAUAAUUCAGUCGAAAAUCUUCAUUACCAGUCCUGUCUUGGGUCGGGAUUGGCUCAUUUCAUGGCUAAUGAAUUUCAGAUUGCUAUCUCCGUCUUUCAAGAAGCCCAGGUGGUCACAGAUAACAUCUUAUUGAAGGGCAAGAUAAAUGUUCUUCUUGCGCAAAUGAUGUGGGCUGCAGGUGCAGAUGAUCACAAGGCAAUUGCGAAAGUGCAACUCCUUGAGUGCAUCUCGCGUGACCCGGAGAAUUUAUCGGCAAUUAAUACCCUUGCGGGGAUGGGGAUCCUCACGUGCGAUGAUAGUCUUGUUGAAGCUGCCCUUGCAGAAAUAUUGAGUCUUCCCGUGGAGGAAAGGAGCAAAAUGGAUCCGCAGAGAGACGCCGACUAUCUCCUCGUCCAGCACUACCUUGGCCAGAAUCAUAUACGAAAGGCUUUGGCAAUUGCUCAAAAAAAUGUAUACAUGGUACCCGCUGAUGUAAACGCACGACAGGCCUUGGCGUCCCUCACUCUUCGAGCAAAACAAGCUGGGUCGACACUAGGGAUCGUGGGACUGCCGUCUUGUGAGGUAGGAGAAAGGUCACGCCUUCUCCGCCUCCAGGCAGUUGCUCAGUUGACUGGUGCUUCAAGCAGCUCAAAAUCGCCAGUACAGUUAGCACAGCGAGCAGUUAUGCUCUCUCCAUCCGAUAUAGAUGGUUGGAAAACACUUGCAUAUGUCCAAGCAUGUCUGCAGAAGAGGUGA